AUGACCGCCGGUCACAAGUCAAAACAAUCCAAAAGACUCUCUUUCCAAAAGACUCUCUUGCUCUUCGCAACCCUCAGAUCAGACUCAGUGGACAUGGGCUAUACUAUCUUACUGCAGUGGUCCUUCUCUAUCCCUGCGGGACGCCCUACGACGCUCGCCGACAUUGUCAGCGCCAGGGUACUCGAGAUAUAUGGGCACAGUACACCUACGAGAUCCGCCAUUCAGCUCCGCACUUAUCGAGCCCAGUUUCCUUCGUCGGAUAUUGAUCCGACCCAGGUAUCUCGUUACCUGACCGUAAUGUCUCCUAUACAGCCUCCAGUACCUUCCUCUCAGGCCAAGCCCAGAGAUGUCAAUCAUGUGGACGACACCGCUUUUCUGUUCAUGGAUGACAAGUCGGCUGGGGGCACCACCGCGCUCGAAGCUCCUGGCGACACUGCGGUGAACGAAAGCAGCAAAUCAAAGCAGAGAUUUCAGUGCAUAGCCGUUCGACCGGUGUCGCAUGUACCUCCCAUGCUGCAAUCUCUGCUGAGCCCUUUUGUGCUGGGUUUGACGAAAGCUGCUCGAACCACUGCCUCUCAGACGUCCUCCACUCCCGUCCCGACCCCCCUACCCGGCUCGACAUUCGCUGUUACAAGCUUCACCUUUCCCCCCUUACCGAGCUCUUCUCCCUCCGUCACUCUGAGGCUACAUAUUCUCCCGCAGACUGCUGGAAGUAUAUUCUUGGAAGGAGAACAUAUAGGCCCGAGUGAUGGCAAGACCAUGGAGGAGAUCAAAAAAGAAAUCCGAGACUUUUUGAAUCAGUGUGUCCUGGAAGAUACGGGAGAAAAAAAGUGGAAAGACUGCCAUGAGGGGACAGAGACACGGGGCUUGGAGGGUGUCGAGAGAGCCAAGCGGACGAUGUCUUCCUUAGCCCAGAUGCUGCGUCGAGGGAGUUUUAUUUGA